CAGCAGCUUGCCGGCGGCGUGUAUAUAUAGCUAGGACCUUUGGGCGUCGAGAAGAGCAGACAGGCACCCAUCAUCAUCCAGCUGAAACCAUCGGCCGAUCGCUCGCCGGAGCCGGACACAGCAUCGAUUCUCCUCGCACGCGCACGUCGGAGGUGGUCGAUCGAUAGAUAGAUAGGUGAUGGAGAACGAGAGGAACAACCAGGCUCCGCCACCGCCCCCAGGCUACUACCCGUCGGCGGCUGCGGAGCAACGGCAAGCCGGCGGCGGGAAGAAGGGCCGCCGGGGAAGCACCAAAUCCAAGGGCGAGAAGGGAUUCAUCGAGGGAUGCCUGGCGGCGUUGUGCUGUUGCUGGAUCUGCGAGAUGUGCUGCGACUAACCGGCCGGCGAGGUCACUGCCGGCAAAAUACGUUGGUGCUAGCGCCUAUGAAGAUUGAAGAACGUACACAUACAGAGAGUCGUUGCUUGAUUACAGUGUUUGUUUGUUGUUUUACGUUCUGCGGAAAUAACCGAGAACGCGUGGGUUCGUGUGUGAUGUCCAUGUCCUACCGUGCGCCACACCUAUAAUCAAUUUUAAGGCGCCAAAUUAUCGGCUACUAUUGAGGAUCCUCUAACUAAAGAUAACAUCUGCCGUGCAAAAAAUUGAAAGCUUUUAUUUGCAGAGGGGGAAGUCGUGAAGGCGUAAUCAGUUCAGCACUCACUUGUGCAGAGGUGGUACUAGUAGUGGGAUCGAGGUUUUUUUUUCUUUUUUCUUUUGAGAAAUAUAUAGUUGUAUGCAUCAUAAGCAGAUCGAGUGGGGUUAUCCUCCUAUAAAAAAGGAUCUAUCUCUGAUUAAACAAACAGGGUCUAUCUCUGAUUGCUCGUUUGGCAGCAAGAGAGAGCAUGUGUAGCACCGUUGAUCGCCCACGGACUCUUGAUG